AAAACCUGUCUGUUUGUCGGUCUAAACUCUUAAAACAAAAGAAAAAAAAAAGAAAAGAAAAGAAAAGAGAAACCAGACAUGGCAACCAAUGGGAACAGUGAUCUCAGAAGGAAGCAAGGAAUAGUAUCAUCUCUUUGCAAACACUUCUCUUUGGAUCCUGAGGCUUUUUCAGGUGAAGUCCCGAGAAAUGAUAUUAAGACCCUGUAUUUAAACAUUUUGAAGUCAUCAGGGAAGGAAUCACUCAAAAACAAUGAUGAGGUGAUGAAUUGGGUAGCUUUUGCAGAGAGCUUUCCUAAAGAUUCUAAGGCAUGCUAUGAUGUUUUAAAUACAUUAAAUGCUGACUUGCCUCAAAAGUCUGUACUUCUUGGUAAUGGAUUUACGCCCUCAGAAGCUGAUGUUAUUGUUUUUUCAGCAGUACAUAGUUCAGUGAUUGGCCUUUCAAAUUCAGAGAAGGAUAAAUUACCACAUGUGAUGCGAUGGAUGGAUUAUAUCCAGAACAGGGAGGAUCUCGGUGCACUUUUUGAAAAAAUAUUGCUGGAGAAGCCUGAUUUUGAGCCUCAGAGAGUAAAAGCUGCAGCUAAGCCAGAAGUAGAUUCAAAUGCUAAAAAGACCGUUCAAAACACAGAAACCACGGACAAGUCAGAAGCAGAACUAAAUGCAAAGAAAAGUGAUUCCGGGAAAAAGUCUAAGGGAGAUAAGGAAGCUGUUCAAGAGAAGAAGAAAGCACCUGAAACAGAAGCAACUGACAAAGACAAAGAACUCAGUGUCAGUUUACUGAAUAUACAGGUUGGUCUUAUUCGCAAAGCGUGGAAACAUCCAUCUGCUGAUAGUUUACUGGUCGAGGAGAUAGAUGUUGGAGAGGCCAAAUUGCGACAAGUGGUUAGUGGAUUGGCCAAGUAUUGCAGUCCAGAAGAGUUAGUGAAUCGUCCUGUUGUGCUGAUUACAAAUGUGAAACCAGGAAAGCUACGAGAUGUGAUGUCAGAGGGACUGGUGCUUUGUGCUUCUAAUGAAGAUCACACCAUUGUAGAGCCUUUAUUUCCCCCAGCAGUGGCUAAACCUGGCGAGCGCAUUUCAUUUUCGGGGAUUGAUGGAAAGCCAGAAGAAGUCCUAAAUCCAAAGAAGAAGCAGUUGGAGAAAAUAACACCGCAUCUUUUCACUGAUGAGAAGGGUGUGGCCACAUUUAAGGGUAUUCCUUUUAUGACCUCAGCUGGUUCAUGCACAUCUUCCAUUCCUAAAGCAAGCAUCAAAUGAAGGACAAUAAAGAUUGCUGGACACCUACAAAACAAUAUAUAGGUUACUGUUGGGAGUUUCUAAUUGCAAUUCUCAGCAGGCAGUACUGGUUGCUGCUGGAACAAGAAGAGACCAUGCAAAAUGCCGUUGUUUUUCUCUUUGAAUGGUAUAAAUCAGUGUAUUGUUGCUGUCACAAUUUAAAUGAUGGGAUUUUGUUGCUAUUAUAUUGAAUUUGAAUCUGGUAAUACUGAAAGUUAAGCAAAAAAGUGCAGUCUAAACUAGUUUCAA